CUCUGUUCACCCUUUUCUCAACAGGUCUCUCCUGUGAGCGCCAUGGAUCUCCCGGGCCAGCAGCCAGUGAGUGAGCAAGCCCAGCAGAAGCUGCCCCCACUUGCCCUCCUCAAGUUGGGCAACCAGGAUCUUGGUGACCAUGCUACCCUGAAGAGGUCCCCAGGAGAUUGCAAGAGUGCCCCAACUACAGAGGAGACUCGCAGGCUGUCUCAGGCCAUGAUGGCUUUUACUAUUGACCUGUUCUCCCUGGUGGCCCAAACAUCCACCAGCUCCAACCUUGUCCUGUCACCCCUUAGUGUGGCCCUAGCACUCUCUCACCUGGCACUAGGUGCUCGGAACCAAACACUGGAGAACCUGCAACGAGUGCUGCACAUGAACAUGGGGUCCUGCAUCCCGCAUCUACUGAGCCAUUUCUGCCAGAACCUAAACCCCGGGACAAUCCGACUGGCGGCCAGAAUAUACUUGCAGAAAGGAUUUCCCAUCAAAGAUGAUUUCCUGGAGCAAUCGGAAAAGCUCUUCGGCGCAAAGCCCGUGAAACUGACUGGAAGGCAGGAAGAAGACCUGAUGAACAUCAACAAAUGGGUGAAGGAGGCCACAGAAGGGAAGAUUGAGGAUUUCCUCUCUGAGCUGCCGGAUAACACCGUGCUGCUCCUCCUCAAUGCCAUCCACUUUCAUGGUUUCUGGAGGACCAAGUUUGACCCCAGCCUCACCCAGAAAGACUCCUUCCACCUGGACGAGCAGUUCACAGUGCCAGUGGACAUGAUGCACGCACAGUCAUACCCUCUUCGAUGGUUCCUGCUGGAGCAACCUGAGAUACAGGUGGCUCAUUUCCCGUUUCAGAACAACAUGAGCUUCGUGGCCAUAAUGCCCACUUACUUUGGGUGGAAUGUGUCCGAGGUACUAGCCAACCUGACCUGGGACACUCUGUACCAGCCCUCGAUGUGGGAGAAGCCCACCAAGGUGCGGCUGCCUAAACUUCAUCUGGAACAGCAGCUGGACCUGGUGGCCACCCUCAGCAAGCUGGGCCUGCAGGACUUGUUCCAGAGCCCAGACCUGCGUGGGAUCUCUGACCAGAGUCUGGUGGUGUCUAGUGUGCAGCAUCAGUCUACCAUGGAGCUCAGUGAGGCUGGCGUGGAGGCAGCCGCAGCUACCAGCACAGCCAUGACUCGAAUGUCCCUCUCCUCCUUCUUUUUGAACCGACCAUUCAUCUUCUUCAUCAUGGAGGACACCAUAGGCAUACCCCUCUUUGUGGGAAGUGUGAGAAACCCUGACCCCAGUGCACAGCCCCAGCCCCAGGAACAGCAAGACUCCCCUGACGACAGGCGCUCAGACCAGAAUGACAAAGGUGACGUCCCCGGAGGCAAGACCUUUGCUCCUGACUUGAAACUUGCGCCCCGCCUGGAGGAAGAUUAUCCCCAGUUUAGCUCCCCCAAAUGAGGAGGGGCCCUGGCCAGCAGCAUCCUGAGUCCCCACCUGGAUCAGCCUCUCAACUCCUGUGACUCUUUCCAGCCAGCUUUGUGGGAUAGGGUGGGACCUGGGGGACAGUCACUGGGGAUUGGAGGCGGGGUGGGGCCUGGGAGGAGGCAGGCCCAGGGAGUCUUCAUUGCUUCCCAAGGGGCCCAGGAGGUGACCUUUUGUGGGCUGGCACUCGUGGAUAGUUUUGGCAAGAGGUAGGUUGGGCUAGUCCCUAACUUAGAGUCCCUCCACACGCUUUAGACAUAGCCCCAGAUGCCCUGGGUGGGAAAAAGAGAGACAAGUGUUGGUCUCCUGAGCUUAGACCGGCCUUGGUGUUCUACUCCAUGGGUGGAGGCGGACCUACCCUGACUCUGAUGUGCCUUGCUGAAGACAUUCAGGUCCCCAACCUGUGUCCUGCCACCCAAGCCACCCCUCUGGUUUUUGGAGAUGCCAGCACUGCCAGGAGCCUUCCUCCUUCAUCUUCCUCUCGUCCUCCUCUGCCAGGAAGCUCAGAGGCUGAGGCAGGGAAGGGCCCCUUUAGCUCCCAAGACUCUUUUGUAAGGUUUUUGUAGUGAUUUUUAUGCCACCUGAAUAAAGAAUGAAUGGAUCGGG